ACUUUCUGUCUUAAAAAUAUCUGAGGAAUCGUCUUGCGAAAUAUUUGUCUCUUUUUUGAAAAAGACUCUUUAUAUUUUCAUAAUCCGAGAUAAUCAAAACAUUGAAUCGAGUCGCACUGGGUCAAGCCACAUUGCUUUGCUGCAUUUAUAUUUCAAUUCAUUAUUGUGGCAAAGAUAAUGAAACAUUUUUUGUGUACACAAUAUAAAAACGGAAACCAGCACAUUCAUUGACAGUCAUACGCAUCACACUAAUUAUAAAACAAGGCGAUAAAAAAUAAUUCAUCACAGGAAAGACCGUAUAUUUAUACUUUUGCAUUCCCUAUUUCCAAAAAUAGUCCAUCCCCUACGAAGUUUGUUGCUCCUGCGUUGUUUAUACGCCCAGUCGUGUGCCAUCCGGGAAUACAGUUUGAAAUUGUCAGUACUCUAUACAACACCUACGAAAUACUGUGAUAUACCAUUUAGGUACUAAAAAAAUAUGUCGCGGGGUCCCACUAUAGUUACAAUUUCCGGAGGUCAAAACGGAGUCAGCUGUUGCUGCUGUCGUUGUUGCACAUGUAUGCACUUGGACAUUCUGAAAACAGAACCUGGAAUGAUCAAAUUAACCGAAAUCGUAUUGGGAUUUUUCUGCCAGAGUCUAGCUCUCAAUUUUGGACUUCAGUAUACUUCCGUUUUGGGCCCGUCACUUCAGUCCUUCAUUACUACCGUUACUUGGUGUCUCAUGACCAGUUUUGUGAUAUUAGCCUGCUACAUUUUUUCACAAAAAUCUUUCAGCCUAUUGAGAUCUUCUUUAUUUGAAACUCUUUUCAAUGGUGUUGCUGCCUUUAGCUAUAUAUCAUCAUGUUCCUAUCUAGGAUGGGCUGUCAACGUAUUUCUUCAUCCUAUGUACCUAGUAACCCCUUUUUUCCAAGUAUAUCCAGCAUUGAGCGCCGCCUAUAUGAUUGGUUCUGUGUUGGGACUGCUCUACGCAUAUGAUGCUUACAAAUCAUAUAAAUAUUUUAAGGGGUACAGAUAGAAAAAAUUUCAAUCUACAUCGAUAACAAGAAAAAAAACUGUAAUCUGGUGUACCAGAGAGAUAUAAAAUGUUUCAAACAUAAUGCUUCCACAUCUCAGAAAAAAUUUAGUUGAAAUGUUGUAGUGAAACUUCAGAAGUAUUGUUACGCUUAUUUGGGUUCUUGAUGAUAAAUGAGUGGUAACAAAAUUCAACAACUUAUUCAGUAACUUAGGUUACAACUUACACUAAAUUCAAUUACACUUUACAAUUAU